UUGUUUAUGGGCGUGAGGGGUCGCUAUCUGUUAACUGAUCCAGAUAUUAUUAAAGAAAUCACCGUGAAACAAUUUUCAAAUUUUCUGAAUCGAUCGAUUACGUUCAAUACAGGAUUUCGGUUUGAUCUUGGCUUAUUAAUAUUACGUGAUGAUCACUGGAAGAAAGUGCGCAACAUCUUGACUCCUAAUUUUACCUCGAACAAGAUGAAAAAUAUGAGGCCAUUGUUGGAUGAUUCUACUAGGAUUUUAAUGCAGAAACUAGAUGAAGCUACUAAAACAGGAGAACCAGUGAAUAUCUGGGAGUGGUUUGGAACUUACACCAUGCAAAUUAUUAUGGCGACGGCUUUUGGUACUGACGUAGAUUCUCAAACUAAUUCAGAUAAUAUCCUAAAUAAGCGUGCUAGUCAGAGUUUGCACCUAAGUCCGUUUGCAGUUAUAUCAGCGGUAUUUUUGCCUGCACUAUUUCCACUAAUGGUCAGAUUGGAUCGUUCAUUUAUUAAUGGUAUGGGGUUCAUAGAUAACUUUGCGGAUAAAGUGUUAUCCAUGCGAAAAAAAGAAGUAGAUUCGAAACGUCAGGAUAUAAUGCAAAUCAUGAUUGAUGCUUCUGAUGAGAGUAAAAAAGGUUCCUUGACCCAUGAUGAAGCUGUUGGGCAGAUCAUUACUGUAUUGUUGGCUGGCUAUGAAACGACUAAUAACGCUUUAGGGUAUAUUGCGUACCUGCUAGCAUUGCAUCCAGAAGUUCAAGAUAAGCUAAUAAAUGAAAUCGAAAGUGCAUACAAUUCAACGGAAAUUGAUUACGAUAUUAUUAUGUAUAAGAUGGCGUAUCUGGAUAUGGUGAUAUCAGAAAGCCUAAGAUUAUAUCCGCCAGUGAUGUCAAUCGGACGAGAAAUUAAAGAAGAUUGCGUUAUAAAAGGAGUAAAAUUUUUGAAAGGUUUGACCAUUGGUAUACCUGCUUAUGCAAUGCAUAGAGAUCCAGAAUUUUGGGAAGAGCCUGAGAAAUUUGAUCCUGAAAGAUUUUCAGAAGAGAGAAAGAAUAGCAUAAAUACAUAUGCAUAUUUGCCAUUCGGUAUUGGUCCACGAGCCUGCAUUGGUUCUAGAUUUGCUUUAAUGGAAAUAAAACUAUGUUUAGUCAAAGUUUUGAUGGCAUAUCGCUUUGUUACUUGUCCUGAAACACAGAUUCCUUUGCAGGUCAAAUCUGCAGGAUCGCUAUCCCCACAAAAUGGCAUUUAUCUCAAGAUUGAAAAAAGAUAA